CACAGCAUAGCAUAGAGCAUCUUCAUUCAUCAGCAGCACAAAAAAGCAAGAAAAAAAUCCGACCCGUGAAGAAGGCAAAGCAAAAAAUAAUAAAAAAAGAAAGAAAAAAAAAACGUUUACCCUCUUUUGUCUGCGCGUGCGUGUGGAUCUGGCUAGAAAGCAAGAAAGAAAGGGAGGGUUUCUGUGCGGAUCUGAAUUCGCAGUGUUAAGGUUUUGAAGGGUUUUUCCAUUUUCUUCAAUGGCCACGCCCUUUCCCAUUCCCGUCACCGCAGCUCAGGUUGGAACGUACUUCGUGGGACAGUACUAUCAGGUGCUUCAGAGCCAACCCGAGUUCGUGCACCAGUUUUACUCUGAUGCCAGCACCAUGCUCCGUAUCGACGGCAACGCCAGGGAAACUGCGGCCGCAAUGCUUCAAAUCCAUGCACUGAUUAUGUCACUCAGUUACACUGGAAUUGAAAUCAAGACUGCACAGUCUCUAGAAUCUUGGAGUGGUGGAGUUCUUGUGAUGGUUUCUGGAUCUGUGCAAGUUAAGGACUACAGCCGGAGGAGGAAAUUUAUGCAGACAUUUUUCCUUGCUCCCCAAGAGAAAGGCUUUUUUGUGCUCAAUGAUAUUUUUCACUUUGUUGAAGAGGAUCCAGUUCACCAACAACAAGCAGUCUUGUUACCUCAAAGCAAUCUUGAUCCUAAAUUGAAUGCUUCAAGUGCAAUCAAUAAGCCAGUGUCCAACUACUUGCUGGGUAGAGAUAUCCAAGCUAGGGACUAUGUUGCUACAAAUGAGGUCAAAGAAAAUGGUGUAGUUGAUAAUUAUGGAUUUUCAGAGCAAAGAAUGCAACGGGCCCCUGAUUCUGAGCAUAUUAGGGAGGAUAAUGCUGUUGAAGAGUCAAAUGGUUCACUUCAAUCUUCAGUGAAUGCAGUGCAAGACCAUGCACCUGCUUCUCCUGAUGAACCUGCUGGGGAGCCACAAAAGCACACUUAUGCUUCCAUUUUACGGGUUGCUAAAGGACAAUCUACACCAUCAGUAGCUUCUCAGCAUAAGAAUGUGUCCCCUUCAGAAUGGGAUCAUGCUCCACAGAGUAGUAGUCAGCAACAGCAAAUGACUGCUUCUGCAAAUGCAUUUGAAAGGUCUGAAACUGAUGCAGCGGAGGAGUUUCCUGCAACAGAAGAUGAAGGUUACUAUGAAAUCAAAUCUGUUUAUGUGAGAAACUUGUCACCUACAGUGUCUCCUUCUGAAAUUGAAGAUGAAUUCAAGAAUUUUGGUAGAAUCAGGCCUGAUGGUGUUGUCAUUAGAAGUCGCAAGGAUGUCGGUGUUUGUUACGCAUUUGUUGAAUUUGAAGAUAUGACUGGCGUUUAUAAUGCAGUCAAGGCAGGAUCUGUUCAAAUAGCAGGGAGACAAGUAUACAUUGAAGAACGGAGACCAAACAGUAACAUCCCUUCUCGAGGAGGAAGACGGGGUAGAGGCAGAGGUAGCUAUCAGUCAGAUGCUCCAAGAGGGCGUUUCAAUCCAAGGAACUUUGGCAGGGGACAUGGCCAAGAUGGCAGUGAUAGGGAGUAUAACAAAUUGAAAGGAAAUGGUUUCUAUCGACCAAGUCCACGCCAAGAGAGGGGAAAUUCAGGGCAUCAUCAAGUACCGAGAAAUGGGCAGAAUCUUGCUGAGUCCUGAGUCAACAAAAAACUUAAGCCAGAGAAUCCAAUUUUGGGUCCAGAUAUUUCAAACUCUAAAUAGUCAACUUCAGUAGAUUAGACCAAAUAUUGAUAUUUUUCAUGUCUUAAAUUUAAGUUGUUCAGGGAAUAUGGAUGAGAUGUUUUCAUUCUUGAUAAAUUUUGGUCUGGGGGCUUCUUGUUUCAUUUGUUUCUCCAUGAAUUUAAUGUUUAGCUGGAAAUGUGUUUAAAACACUUGACAUUUAUUUAUUCCCAAUUGAAAUUUGAAAUCUAGUUGUUUAGCUAACAGUUCUUUGAAA